GCAGCGCGGCGCCUGCUUCCGCCUCGGCAGGUUCUCCCGCGGGGUCGGCGGCUGUGAAACCGGGCCCGGGCGGAGCGUCUCCCCGCGCUGGGCGGCCCCGGCGGGAGCCUCGAAGCGCCGGGGCCAGGCCCGCCGUGGGAGCCCCUGGUCUCCGGCCAGGGAACCCAAGUUGCUGUGCCAGGGUGCUCUGAUUCCCAAGGACGUUCUGCCUGGGAUGGCAGAUGAGCAGGAGGAGAUGCAGCCCCCCAAGAUCCCGCUGGAGCCUUUCCCCGGGAAGUGUUCCAGCAAGACCUACCAUAGUGCCGGGCACUCCCAGACGCUGCUGAGUGGCUUGGGAGCUCUCCGGGACCGUGGCAUCCUCUUUGAUGUUGUCCUGCAUGUGGAGGGGAAGACCAUUGAAGCUCAUCGCAUCCUCCUAGCUGCAUCAUGUGAUUACUUCAGGGGAAUGUUUGCUGGGGGACUCAGAGAAAUGGAACAGGAAGAAAUUCAUAUUCAGGGCAUAACAUAUAAUGCCAUGUGUAAAAUCCUGAACUUCAUAUAUACUUCGGAACUGGAACUUGGCCUAAACAAUGUGCAAGAAAUUCUAGCUGCAUCCUGUCAGCUUCAGAUCUCUGAGAUCAUCAAGUUCUGCUGUGAUUUCCUCAUGCUCUGGGUGGAUGAUGAGAACAUUGUAGAUAUGUACCGACUGGCUGAUCUCUUUGACUUGAGUUACCUGACAGAGAAGCUCGACUCCUACUUUCUGAAAAACUUUGUUACAUUCUCAAAGACAGAAAUGUACCGCCAACUUCCCCUGGAGAAGGUCUAUGCCCUCCUCAGUAGUAACCUCUUGGAGGUGAACUCUGAGAAUGAGGUCUAUGAAGGUGCCCUCCUUUACCAUUACACACAAGAGCAACUAGAGACAGAUCAGGUUUCAUUGAUGGAACCUCCUAAGCUGCUGGAGACAGUCCGUUUUUCUCUGAUUGAGUUCCAAAUUCUGCAGAGACUUCACAACAAGUUAAGCCCCUGUCCAUUAAAGGAGACAGUGGCUAAUGCACUGAUGUACCAUAAGAAUGAGUGCCUCCAGCCAGUGCUUCAGAACACGCACACACAAUUGAGGUCUGAGUUCCACUGUGUAGUAGGCUUUGGAGGGAUGCAUUCAACCCCGUCUACUGCCCUCAGCAACCAAGCCAGGUAUUUGAACCCAUUUUUGGGAGAAUGGAGGCAUUUUACAACAGCCUUGUCUCCAAGAAUGUCCAACCAGGGCAUAGCUGUUCUCAACAAUUUUGUAUAUCUGAUUGGUGGAGAUAACAAUGUUCGAGGUUUUCGAGCAGAAUCCAGAUGUUGGAGGUAUGAUCCAAGACACAAUAAGUGGCUCCAGAUCCAGCCCUUGCAGCAAGAGCACGCAGAUCUCUGUGUCUGUGUGGUGGGCGGGGCGAUCUACGCGGUGGCUGGACGCAACUACCGUGACGAUCUACGGGAGGUGGAAAAAUAUGACCCCGAAACCAACAGCUGGGAAUAUGUGGCUCCUCUCCAGAAGGAGGUGUAUGCCCAUGCAGGAGCAGAACUGGAAGGGAAGAUCUACAUCACUUGUGGGAGGCGAGGGGAAGAGUACCUGAAGGAGCUGCACUGCUAUGAUCCAGCAACCAAUUGCUGGGACAUCUUAACGGAUAGUCCCAUCAGGAGAGCCUGGCACGGAAUGGCUGCACUGCUGGGAAGGCUCUAUGUGAUUGGAGGCAGUAACAAUGACUCUGGCUAUAGAAGAGAUGUUCACCAGGUUGCUUGCUAUACCUCAAGCACUUCUCAGUGGACAACUGUCCGUCCUCUUCAUGCCGGGCACGGUGAGCCUGGCGUUGCUGUCCUGGGCCACAAGAUUUAUGUGUUGGGAGGGAGAUCUCAUAACCGUGGGAUCUGCAUGGACUAUGUCCACAUCUAUGAUGCUGAGAGAGACUGCUGGGAAGAGGGUCCUCAGUUAGAGGAUGACAUUUCUGGGAUGGCUGCCUGCGUCCUCACUCUGCCAAGGGCUAUUCUCACAGACGGUGAAAGAUGUGUGGCUGAUGGGCAGCAGAAGAGACUCCAGAAUUACUCAGAUGUUUCUGCCGAGGUCCUGAGAAUAUUAGAUUGGGAAGAAUUUGAUAACUUGAAUGAUAAUUAGCUUUUUAUUCUUUUUGUGUUGGCUUUUAUUUGGGCUGCCAUCAGAGCUCCACCAAGCUGGAGGAAGCCUGAUGCCAUUUAAUAGCAACUGAGCAGUCUGCUGCAAGGAAGCCUGAAAGCAAUUGCAAAGAGCAUUUUGAAGUACAACUCAUUGCUUGACCAGUGGCACUUUCAGAAAAAAUGCAGGAUGUGUCUUGGAUCAGUGAAUCAGUCUUCAAAUUAUUUGCUGACUAGAACAAACAUCUGUAUACCUCAGAAGUUUACUGGUAAAGCAGAUGGCAUCAAAUGAACUAAUAACUAAAAGCUCGCUUUGCUGCUUAAUUCAUCAUAGAAUCUGCAUUAAAGAUUCAGUUUGGCAUAACAUGUUGGCUUUGAGGCACACCACCCAGACUCCACAUCUUCACUACCUUUGAACUGCUCACGAUAAUCACUGCAUUUCAUACAGAUGGAAAGAAAAACACCAGCCUGUAGUAUUCUUUUGAAUAUUUAUUUGUAAAAAGAAUUCUGCUGCAUCAGGUUUCCUGUAUACCAAAGCAACCUUUGCUCUGGAGUCUGGAGGAACCUGUGUUGUGCCUCGUAUAAACUAGAGAGGGGACCCUGCCAGGAUGAACCAAAGGUUCCUGGAAAUAGAUACUGGCACAUUGGAAGGAAGUUGCUGCUUAAUGUCUCAUAAAAAGGAUGGUGGUUUCGACCCACCCUUGUCUGAUAUUUUUCUUCACCUGCUAGUGAAAAGCACAUCUUUAUGAAGAAUUAUUCCUUUUCAAUUGUUUCUCUGUCAGAAUCUGCUCUCGGUUCAAGAAAGUAACAGCUCAGCUGCCAUGCUGCCUUUUCUUGCUUCCUCAGAAAACUCCAAACUUUGUUGCUAUUGUUCCUCUUAAUAAAUACAUUUGCUGCUG